AUGGAGAGAAUAUUAUCUUCUAUAGGGAAAUUAAGUGUUGUGGCAGGGGGACUUAGUUUAAUUCCAUAUACAUUUAUAUAUGAUGUAGAUGGAGGUGAACGAUGUGUGAUGUUUAAUCGUUUUGGAGGUGUGAGUGAAAAUACUUUUGGUGAGGGUAGUCAUUUUUAUGUACCUUGGUUUCAAACACCAUAUAUAUAUGAUAUAAAAAUGAAACCUAAAGUAAUAAAUACGACAACAGGUACUCGAGAUUUGCAAAUUGUAACAAUAAGUUUAAGAUUAUUAUUUAGACCUCAUACACAACAUUUGCCUUAUUUACAUAGUACCCUAGGACCUGAUUAUGAUGAGAGAGUUUUACCUUCUAUUGGAAAUGAAGUACUUAAAGCUGUUGUGGCAAAAUAUAAUGCAGAAUCUUUAUUAACACAAAGAGACAAAAUAUCAAAAGAAAUACGAGAAAGUAUAACAGCAAGAGCUAAACAUUUUAAUAUAUUACUUGAUGAUGUAGCUAUUACACAUUUAAGCUAUGGUAAAGAAUUUGCUAAGGCUAUUGAAGAUAAACAAGUUGCGCAACAAGAAAGUGAAAGAGUAAAAUUUAUUGUAGCAAAAACUGAACAAGAAAAAAUUGCUGCUGUUAUUAAAGCACAAGGUGAAGCAGAAGCAGCAAAAUUAAUUUCAUCAGCUGUUAAAGAGUAUGGUAAAAGCUUAAUAGAAAUAAGGAAAUUAGAAGCUGCUAGAGAAAUUGCUGAAAAUUUAAGUAAAUCAAAGAAUGUAACUUAUUUUCCAUCUAAUUCAAAUAUUUUGUUAAAUCCUAGGGAUUUUUAA